GAUUGACUUUAAUGGAGACGGAAACCGUAUGACUGUGCUAACUGUGGAACGUGAACUUAGAAUCACGUACCGCAAGGCCACACAAGCUUGAGCUCUAGACCGACCAGGGAAACUCAGUGAUAAUCAAUCAACGAGACCGACGAGAGGUAUUUCGGGUAAACUUUGAGGAGCUGAACUUUACGUAUAGGCACUAGUCAGAUAAUUAAUAGAAAAAGCAAUGCUGGGCAUUUUGCUGUUUAUUGGAUUUCUGUCGGUUGGAGAAAGUAAUGGACAGUAUACUGGGCAGGCAUAUGACCCACAAAGCUACUACAGAAAGGUGUCGAGCAACUAUAACACAGGAUUUACAGGAUGGAACAGUGGACAGGGUACAGUUUCAUUGGGCUGGCGGAUUCUGGAGGAAAGCCUAUCUGUUGAUUCCAUAGCGACCGUUUUAGUUAUUUUAGUGAUCCAUUCCAGGCACAAUCCAUACGCACAGAUUUAUACGCAACGCAACGGUAUCCCCAGUGACCAAUGGCAACAAACGGCUAGGUCGACCUACUACAACCCAUACUAUCUUCAACAAUUGUACGGAAAUUCGUACUCGCAACAAGCACAAUCCGGAUGGACUCCGUAUUUGUCCGGAUCGCAAGGAUACUACAACAGUAAAGAUCGCAGCGACGGCUAUGGCUAUGAAUAUCCACUUCAAAGACAAAGCUAUAACUUGCCGUAUUACCAGUCGCAGAACUACGUAGGAAACCCCUUGUACGAUGGAGCAGGAUACGGUCCACGAUGGUUUAAUGAUAUUGGCGGCUUCGGUGGUAGAAGGCAGGACACUCGAUGGUAUGGAGGAGCUUCCCGACGGAAUGGAUUAGCUAGAACCACGCCAAAGCCACCCAAAACCACCACUACGACGACUGAGGCACCAACGAGGAAAAAUGUGCCCAGAAAGAGCAAGUUGUUCGUACCAAAUGUGUGGGGAUAAUAACUUGUUUCAAUGCUGGCACUAUGGAUAGAUUCGGAUAAAUAAAA